UCUCCUCUUUCCCCAACCCAUUCUCUGUUCCGUCCCGCUCGGGCGACAUUGGUAUAUGUUAUAGGAUGCAUACCGUUGUACACAUCUCUGCCAGCAUAAUCGGAAGACGACUACAGCGACGGCAGCUUCAUAGCAUCGGCAUUCCCAGUAUCCCCCGAGAGCGCAAUUAAUUUUCAAACCCAAACUAUAAAGCAGUACAUCGGACGCGACGAACGUGCCUGGCAUAAACUAUAUCACCUAGGUGACGCGAUCAGAGACACUUAAACACUACUACUGCAUAGUCAUCCCCUGCAUAUCUCUGCGUGCUGUACAAUUAAUAGUCAGCACUGUACCACGGGAUAUGUCCACGGCGAUCGCUCCUACACCCGCACGUAUGCGCAGGAGUGCGACAUCGAGUAAUUCUACUGCCGUUUCCGCAGUAAAUGUCAGCCCAAGCAAUUCGAGCGCCGCGCCUGUUUCUUCGCCGAGUCGGAUGGGGAACAGCUCUAAUAAGCCUUCCGCGUUCAGUCACUCAGAUACUUCAUCUACUACAUCCCCUUUCACUCAUAUUUCCAUGCCACCGCCGUCUUCCUACUCUCAUCCGCAUCUCCCCACCUCAUCUUCUUAUCAUUCCUCCUCCCAUUCCUCCUCGAUUGUUACUCUCCCUGUGUCUGCCUCUACACCAAACGUAUCAGAAACAGCGAUGCGUUCGCGAAUGACGCGAACAAACUCACGUCUCCGACGGACAGGUCCAGGAGCACUGGUGAUUCCUGUCCCGCCUACACUGGUGAACAGCCCGCACUUGCAAUCACCCAACAGCAUUUUCCGACGUCCUCACUCCGGUCCACGCGCAAGUCCUGGUAUCGAAGAGGAACGCUGGCUUCGCGAUACUGUACCCUUAGGUUCACCUUCGGGUCGUGUUCCACCUCCGCCGUCGACUUCAAUACCCAUUGUCAGCGAACAGAGGAGAUCGCGUGGAAGUUCUGUGUCAGUCUCGCCUACUAGCGCUGUCGUUCCAGGUGCGGCGCCUACAUCGCCCGCGUUCUCGCUCUUGCCGUCUUCUCUGCCGCAUACCGCAACUGUCUUUGCACACGCGCCUCGGGACUCGUGUUCGUAUCCGCCUUCAGUAACGACGACAUCAUUCCGCAAUACAGUCCGGCAUUGAUAGUACACGAAUUUUCAAAUCCAAAAAGUCGGAUCGAACCCCUCGUAAAAACGCUAAAUCCACGGGGAAAAAAGAGGGUUAACGCCGGACAUGCGCAGGGCGACAUGCUCCGUAAUUCUUGUGGGAUUCUUGGGGAAAGCAUGUGCUUGGAGAUGCAGACGAUCAGCAAUGUAUCAGUAUAUGAGUCAGCAUGCGUUGCGGGGUGAGGUUCUGCGGAGGGGAUAAGGCGCGAGAAAGGAAAGUGAAUGCACUGAAGAGGCAGUGGGUCGAGGUAUAGUGGCAGAUGGGCGGAUAAGUGCGAGAUGCAGUGACGUCAUUCCCUGUCGAGGCGCAACGCUCCGGGCGGAACGUUAAAUGUUUCUUGAGCUCGGUGGCACUGAAGCUCUCUGGUUGACUGCGGAGCGUGUACCGCUGACAUCAUCCCUACGUCGUUAUCUUCUUCUAUCUUGACGCGAGGCAUUCCGAACCGAAUGGCGACGAGAGGGGCGUUGAAUGACGGCGACACGCUCGAGGCUGAUUCGCAGGUCUGCUGCUCUUCCUCGAUAACCUUACAUUUGGACACCCGAAGCUAAUUUCGUCCCUUCUCGACGACGUCUUGACUACGCAUGCGCGCGUCUUUGUAAAGUCCAGGCCCAGGCCCAUCCAUCUGCGACGCGUGUUUACUUGCUUCAUCUUCAUCUCGCUCUCAUCUCGGGAGUUGCUGUAACUCUCGUCUCAUUUUAAUCGUCCCAUGUCCUUUGAUAUUUUGGGUCAUCUUUGGUCAUCUUUUCUCAACUAGGUACUCACAAUAGUCGUCAUCUGUUCUUCUGUUCCUCUCUUUCUCACAAUCUUGUUUCCCCUUCUAUCUUUUUCAUCCUUCCGUUUAUUUCCUCCCUUCAGGUCAUUUUUUGGGUUUUGGCAUCUUGGUACUCUGGCGUCGAUCACUCAACAACAGAACAGAAACAUAAGCAAUCCUUACAUCCGAUAAAACUAUCUUGCAUUUUUCCCUCUUUCUUCCUUUCUUGCUUGCUGUUUUUUUUUUACACUCAUGCAUCUCUCAUGCUUUGCAUCAUGAUAUCAUGAUAUAUCGAUAUAUGCACUGCUAUCCAUCAAAACGCAUCGUAUCAUAUUGUAUUUCGUAUCGUAUCGUACUUUAGGUCCU